AAGCUUUUCUCAGAGGAAAACGUGCUCCCAUUGAAUAAAGGGUGACGUUGGGAUGGAGGGGGUGGAAUGUUAUAAAUGAGUCUGGUGGAGAAGAAAAAGGUAACAAGUUUGAUUCUAACGGUCAGUGUGCACGGAAGCUUCUCGCUCGGUGAACUCCUGUCAAUCAACAUGAACCGAAUUAUUUUCCAGCUCUUCGUCGUUGGAGUCCUUUUCACAGUCGGCCAGGCUCUGAAGUGCUACAGUUGUAGUAUUGGCUACUGGAACAAGUGCGUCACCACGGAAAUGACGUGCCCAGAUGGAGAGAGAUGCUACAGCGGCAAAGGCAAAGCAGAUAACGUCGAGGACGCCGCCAUGAAGGGCUGCGCGGCGGUGGAGGUUUGCGGUACCACCGUGGACGAGGAGUUCACCCCAGAAGGCGGCACCGCCACCACCUACAAAAUGAAAAAGAUUUGCUGCACCACCGACCUGUGCAACGCCGCGCCGGGCGUCUCCAGCUCUGCGCUGGUCCUCUCCACCAUCGCCGCUUUGCUGAUGGCGCACAUUCUGGUGUAACCCAAUGUCACAUUAUCCUCUUUAGCGUCUCUUUAAAAGCGGGGUCAGUUUUAUAUUGAUAACACCUAGCUAUAGAAAAAGAACCAGCUUGAGGUUGAACACAUUUGACUAUAAAAUGUACGUUAAUUUUUUGUUGUUGUGUAUUUGGCAUUUUGAACAGGCAAUGCCAGACCAUCGAACAAAUUUCAAAUUCGUUUUCUACCAUGUGUGACUCUAUGAAACGGUUUAUGUAAGGCUGCCAUUAACGGGAGACAAUAAAGUUUUUGAA